GCACUCGGCGCUGUGGGCACUGGAGCAGCGGUGGCUGCUUGCGAAAGCUCUAGGCGCUGGAAGAUGGCCUGCCAGCUGCUGCAGGAUUUGGUUUGCGCAGCAGUGGAGCCAACUGUGGUCAUUUACAACAGCGUGCUUGGCGCACUACAUGGAAGCCCUGAUUUGGCGCUGGCAUUGGCCGAAACCAUGCGCCUGCGCAGGCUUCUUCCUACAGCUGCGACCUACAGUGCA